AUGACUAUAAACUUUGUGCCAGGGGAGGUAAAUAAUAGCCCGUAUUCUGUGCUGCAAGGGUUAUGGAAAUCUCAUCAUAUAAUCGCCUAUGGGUCAGGGAACAAUUUGAUCAUAUACACCACGACAACAGAUAGCGCUACAAAGAAUAAAAAAUCAGAUCACUUACAAACUAUCUACUUGGAAGCCGAUCCAUAUGCAAUUGAUAUUAAUUCAUCUAACGGGCUCAUUGUUAUUUCGAUCGGAAACAAUAUAGUUGUCUAUAAGCCUGUUAAUGAAUACAUGCUGAAACCGCAAUGGACUCAUGCAUUAGAAUUCGAUAACGUUGAUUCUACUUUAAUAAGCUGUUUACAAUGGGCACCAUUGGAGGAUGAGUUGAUAGUGGGAUCAAAAGAAUCCCUAACACUUUACCAUAUUUACGAUGAGUAUGGAUCCUUGAAAUAUGAAAAAAGAUGGAAUUCGGUUCAAUCAAAUCCUAUUACAAACAUAAAAAUUACAAAUAAUUCCAAUAAAAUAAUUACCAUUAGUGGUAAUUAUGAAAGAUUGGUGAAAGUGUGGUCUAGAAUUAACUAUGGCGAGAAUACUUUAUUUGAGCUUUCUUAUUUAAAUCACCCUUUGAAUACUUAUGUCACUGACCUUAAAUGGAAGUUUCGUAUUCCAUCUGACUCGAUUAGCACUGUAGACAGUUCUAUGGCCAAUAUUAAAAAUAUUCGUGGAUAUAUUGAUAAUGGUAAUGAUGAUAAUGACAUAAUAUAUACGUUGACAAACGAUAAUAUUUUGCGAGUAUGGGCAGCCUACGAAUUUAGCGGGCACAGCCAUUUCAGAUCGUGGGCAUCAUUAGACUUAACAGGCUGUUUUGAUGAUGACGAGAUAAUUUCGAUUGUAACAAUAGAUAAUUUUCAUCUCCAAAAGACAUUAAUUCCCCAAAUUGAGACCGGCCAAGGGAGUUCUAGAAUAUUCAAGUAUUUUGAAAACCAGAAUUUAAAUGAUUUAGACCUUCUAUUCGUUGUGAGUAAAAAAGGUAAGAUUGCAAUUUAUUCUAUUUUGAAUAUUUCAUUGACACCACCAAACGCAAUAAAAUUUGAAAGGUUGGAUCAAUCUAAUAUGUGUUUUGAUAAAAACUCAUUUCCUAAUGGAAUUAAUAAUACAAAAUUUGAAACUCUAACCAAAGAAGUAAUCCAAAGCGAGGAGUUUUUGAUAAAUUUAAAGCCAAUUAUAUUCCCUGAAUUAGAAUUUUUAGAUAACAGCAGCAAUUCAACUGGGUUGUCCAUAUUAAUCCACGACAGACUAAAAAAUACAAUCAGAUUUAAUGUAUUUGAUUUCCAGAAUAUAUUGAAAUCAGAUUCAUCUGUUUUAGGUGCAAAACUAAUUAACAAAUUUCAAGGCCAUACUAAAUCAAUACAAAAAUUAGUUAGAUCGAAUUCCUCAUUUUCUUCGAACAACAUUUUGUUUUCAAUUCUGAAUUUCCCUGAACAUAACUACUUAUGGGAACCUUUACUGAUCGGUACUUCGAAUACUCAAAGUAUGUCAAUAACUAAGAAGUUUCAAAUUAAUUUAAACAAUGGUUGUUCCAAAACGAACGAGAAGAGUGAAGGGAUUUGGGACAGCGUCUUGUUGAAUGAUGUUGAACCCCCCAAUAAAAUCGGAAGACAUCACUUGGUGGUGGCUUUGGAAAAGAGUGGACUUAUAAGUUUAUGGGAUUGUAAUGCAUUAACACUGGAUAUACGAAAUGCAUCACUUUUAGAAAGAUUAGAAAUUUUAAGUUCAAAUAAUGAGCGUGUCGUUCAAGAGCCUAGGGCAUUUGUAAUAACAGAGUUUCCAAAAGAGUCCUGCGAUUCAAAAGAGUAUUGUAUAAUUGCCAUAUUUGAAAAUGAUUUGGUGAGAGCUUGGAAGCUCAUUAUUGAAAGUAAUAAUAAGCAACCUAUGUCUAUCAGCUUGAAGUCAUUAAGUAUUAAUAAUUUACCGCAGAAUGAAAAGAUUCAUCAAAUAGCCUUAAUCGAUUCUUUUGUUUCCAAAGGUGAGAGGAAUUUAAUAUCUGUGAUCGAUAAGAAAGAUCGGGUAAAGUUUUUUGCAAUCGACUUUGCAAAGUCGCGGGAUUCACUAGAAUGGGUUGAAACGUACAGGCUCCAUACUAAUAUAUCGGAAGCUAGUAAAAUACACGGAGCUUCAAUUAUCAAUAAGUUUGCUAUAGUUGACAAAACUGGCUCUCGAUUGACAAUUUGGGAUACAAAUUCUGGCGUCUUAGAGUACGAAGAAACAUUUGACGAGAGUUACGGUGCUGUAACAGAUCUUGAUUGGACAUUUAUUACUUCGAGUUCGGAGAAACUGACAUCAAAUGCUAUAUUGUCAGUAGGUUUUCUGAGAUUUGUCUUGUUAUACACUCAGUUGCGUUAUGAUUACACGAAUAAAAUCCCAACAUUUGGGGUAUUAAAAAAGAUUGAUAUAUCAGAUUACACUUCACAUGAAAUUGGAGACCUGAUUUGGCUUGAUGAUGGAUACUUAGUCAUUGGCUGUGGUAAUCAAUUUUUUAUAGAUGAUAAAUGGGUAAAGCUAGGUAGUUCGACGAAUAGUUCGCUUGAUUCUACGAUACGUCAGUUAAUGGUGGGAUAUACCAACAAAGCAAAUGAAGAGAAUGAAGCAAACGAUGAAGCACAAAACAAAGCCAAAUCUACUAAUGACUUGGUAUAUGAUAUUGAACAAUUAGUUAGAAUUUUGAAUGGCCCAUUGCCUGUAUAUCAUCCUCAAUUUUUAAUUCAGUGUUUAUUCAUGAGCCAAAUUUCAUUGGUGAAAGAUGUUCUUGUUAGAUUAUUUCAAAUAUUACGGAAAGGUGAUCCCAUCCAGUGGGAUUUGAGUAUGGAUUUGACAAAUGAGGUGUUUGAAAAUAACGAAUCAAGGCAAAGUGGAGCAAGUACACCAUCCUUGUCAAAUAAAAUUGAUAUUAUUAAUGAUGCUUUAACAAGUAAAUUUGAUUCUUCAGGUAUUCAUAUCUUUAGUUCUUUUAAUGAUAACUUGCUGGAUUUAUUAAUUGAGAAGUUGAUGAAGACAUCUCUACCUUUGUUGACAAGGCAUCAACAAAUAACAUUAAUUUCAAUAAUUUCAAUAGUAAGGGAACUCGAGAAAUACGUGAUAGCCUUAGAUGAGAAUGGUUUAAGAUUUUUAUUGGGCUUGAAAUUAUUUCAACUAUCUUCUAAACAAUCAAAACUAACCACUAGAGAUAUCAGCUGGGCUUUACAUAGUGACAAUAAGGAAAUGUUACUAACUAUGGUAGAAGCAUACUACAAAAAUAGACUUAAAUGGGACAAUGUGAAACAAACAGGACUUGUUUAUUGGGUCGAAACAAUAAGAUUGACAAAAAUCAUUGAAUCAUCUGCCAGAAAUGAAUUUAGUGAUACAAGAGAUCCAUCGGGAAGAGUCUCUUUAUUUUAUCUAGCAAUUCGUAAAAAGCAAGUAUUAAUUGGAUUGUGGAGGACAGUCAGCCACUCAGAACAACAAAAGAUGUUAAAAUUUCUAGCAAAUGAUUUUAACGAGCAAAGAUGGAAAUCUGCUGCGUUGAAAAAUGCGUACGUAUUAAUGGGUAAACAUAGAUACAUUGAUGCAGCUUAUUUUUUUCUUUUAGCAGAUGCAUUGAAGGAUUGUUGUAAUGUAAUAGCUACGAAAUUGAAUGAUGUUCAAUUAGCGAUCGCAAUAGCUAAGAUUUAUGCGGCAACGAGCAAAGGCACAAUCUCAGAGAAGGAAAUUAUUAAGAAUUUAAUUGAAAAUUAUAUGGUACCAGAAGUAUUGAAGAAUGGAGACAGAUGGAUAACAAGUUGGAUAUUUUGGGAAUUGGAAGAAAAUGAAAUAUCAAUUCAGGCAUUGAUCAAAUCGCCUAUAGAAAUCAUCAAGCAGCAUAAAUCCAAAUUUUCUGAUGAUUGCUAUAAAUAUUAUAUUAGCAAAAUCACUCCACAAUUUUCGAGUAUGAGCUUUUUGAAAGAUGACCCAGUGCUAGUUAUUUUGUUUCAUGCAUUAAGACAGAAAACUGUAAAGUACUUGAAGGGAUCAUUAUCUAUCGCACCCGAGGAGGAAUUUAAUUUUAUUAUAAAAGUUUGCUCGAUAUAUACAAGAAUGGGUUGUGAUUACUUAGCAGUGGUAUUAAUUAGAAAUUGGAGUUUCGUCAAAUAUGAUGAAUCGAAGAAUGAAAUUAAAUGGUCAAAUAAUACGCCAACGAAUACGAAUACGAAUCAAUUAAACGAGAAGCAAAAUACUUUAUCAUUUACUGAAAAUGGUAUUCACCCUGAAAGCAUGGCUCAAAAAAUCAAGGCUCAACCACCUCCACCCACUGCAUUCGAAGAACCAGACAUGAGUGCCUUUGACUUCGGUUUCUGA